CCGUAGGAAUUGGUAUGCGAGUCCACGCUGCUCGAUUUCGACGCGGUCAAUUCGAUCGAGACACGUUCACUGUCCGCGCGAAUUUCUUGCAGACAUUCAUUCAUAACGUGGCCAUCAAUUAUUCAUAAGCACGUUAUUUUUUGCUCUACGUUGUUAACUGCAUGUCUCGCAAAGUUCUUUGAGUACGCGUCUCAGAAUACAACUCGUAUGAAACAAUAGUUCUGAUCCUAACAUGUGGGCGAAUCUUCGGGUAAGCAACCGGACGGGUCUCGGGUACUCGUUACAAUGUUUACAUCCUUGCGAAACAUCGGAAGUUCGUUCGUGGGACAAUUUGUACGCUUCGAUUCGCUAUUCAAGGGUUUGCCGUGCCGAAGGACCUGCACCCGCAAGCUUGGUCGCGUGCAACAAUGAACGCGUUAGCGGGUGUGAUCGAAAACGCGUACCGCUCGGACCCGCCAGCGUGUCCAGUUAUUUCCGGGCUGCCCGUCUCGCCCCGUGCUCGGAUUAUUUCCGUUGCACGCGACGCCCACGCGAUGCAACACGGUCAUUGUUCGUCCGACGUCGUUUUCUUGUCUUACCGUCGGCGUUGCUCCACUCGAACGUCUCCGGUCUGAUGGGGAUCACGAACACCUCGGUGAUCAGAAUGUUCUCAGCGCCGGCGAACUCCAUUAACAGAGACAACACCAUAAUCGGGAGCAUGGUUGAGUCCAUGGUGGAGCGAGCCCUGUGUCGAUGAACGACCAGCAGCCGAACGUGCGGUUUUCGUCCGCGUUUUCGUUCGCGUUUCCGAGCAGGAUCGCGCGCAACCGCGAAUCCUGGUCAUCGAUCCCGAGGGACAGAUUCGCCAAGGUUCCACGGGAUGGCGAACGGUUUGAUGAGUUUGAUUCGAUCACAAGAUGCGAGAUAUAGGGACCGAGUAUCUAGUACAACGAGUCAUAAUUAUCCGCGGGACACGGAUUUGAUUUCGUGACCAAGGGGCACCGCGAUCUGGAUCGUCGAUAAUGCUUAUCAACGAUUUGAUAGCUCGUCGAUAGCACGGAUAGAGGAACAAGGGAACCAAGAAUGUUCUCGGUACGGAGACAACCUUCUCUAGGUUCCACGUUCCGGCUGACACGGUGCUUUAUGGUAUCUAUCGCGUUUCGACUGCGACACCCGCGCGAAACCGACGCGAUAUCGGUUUACAAGAGACAAACCGGUCGCGGCGAUGCACCCAGCGGGCGGAGCACGCGAGUACUCGCGAAUACACGCAAGUGCACGCCGGAAAACCGAGCCGCACUCCAGAUGUCUUUGGCUGGAUCGGAAGACGAUCGAGGGUGGAUCCGCGGCGAUCGACCACACAAGAAACCACAAAGGGUCGCUCCCCGAUACUCCGCUUAUCAUCGAUAUCUCUAUGGCGUCACGACGACGAUCGCACACCGUCAACGUCGUCGUACCCGACCGCCGAACCAGAUUUGAUCUUGCCGAAAAAACAAAUGCAAGGUGUAAUGGUAAACGGAACAGAAGAGCGCGUGCGUUUCGCCCUUCUCAUGCGCAGCUGGAACAUCGUUUCCGACAACGCUUCCCAGGAGCGUACCAGCCGAGAGGACGACGAACUUCGUCGUCUCGUUUUUCCGAAAAUACUCUAUUUAAACCUCCCCCGCGGUUGGCACGCCUGGUUUCUUUGAAUUUUCCUGCCCUCGGCGUAUACCAUUAGAUCUCAUUGUUCUUGAAUUUUAUCGUUCAAACGCAUCGGGCUUGUGCAGUCUUCUCGCUUGUAGCAAUUUUACAAGGUGUGUCUCGAGUGGUCUCCAGCUAUUGAGUUACAGGUUUCCGUCGACGCGUAUAUACAGCAUCGUGUCGCACGCGCACACGUGCCCUUAUCUGCGCAACACUUCCGUCCUGUUCAUUAUCGUGACGCUUUUAGUAAUUCCCGAUAACUGGGCUACAUGGUUCGCCAAGCAACGGGCCCGCGGGGAACGCGAAAUCCUAUUUAACCGAGUCGGCGGCUACAUAUUUCUCUUUAGACGAAGCCUCGAAGCAGCUAGUUUUACCGUCGCAAACAUUUUCUCGACCCGCUCUGGAAAGCUGCUUUAACGAUUACAUGAUGUAGAAAUGAUUAGAAUCCAGUCUGCAAACUGGCAUGCUCAAGCGAGUUAAAAUAAUAGAAGAAAUUGCAGUUUCUUCGAGCGAUCAAGCUUGACCAAAAUAUAAUCCGACUAAACGUUGUUACGAACCGCUUCGCAAUUUUUUUCGGGAACAAUCGAGUUGGCGCUUAAUUAAUUUACAAUGAAAUCGAUCUUUGAAACGAAUUGGAUAUUUCGCUUAGUGAUCAAGACAUCCAGAUGGGCUUGAAGGGCUGUUGUACUGUGGCGGUUGAUUUAAACUGUUUGAUGCUGUGAAAGGAUUCGUCUCGUUCCAGUCUUCCGUGGAGGCUCGUCACAAUGGACUCGACGGUGGAGUAUUUAGAGUAGAGUAGGUUGUAAGCUUGGGAAGCCGGUCGUCGAAUUCCUUUGGGCGGAGGUGUGGAGGACGCGUUGCGUCGGUCGGGGCCCCGGAAUCUCCUCUCUCCGACACUGCCUAUUGACGUCUGCGUGCGAGGUUUGAUGCGAUCGGUGCACGCCGCGGAACCGUGGCCGCAGUUCGCCACAGGGAUUGAUCGCUCCCUAAGAACGCGCGGACCUUCCAUCGCCAGGGGUGACUUCGUCUCUUGGGAACCUCUCGGGAACCUCUCGGGAACCUCUUGAGAACCUAUUGGAAAUCUCCUGGGAACCUGUACAGCGGAGUGCCGAGUGCCCAGUGUCGAGUGUCGAGUACCAGUGCGCCCACGGGAACCUAAUUCCCCGCUCGCUCGCUUUGCUUGCUUGCCUGCUUGCCUGCUUACUAGCUUGCUAGCUGGGCUGGCACUCUCGACACAGUUGCCAGUGGACAGUGUGCUCGUGACAGGCCUCGCGCGUCGCCCUGUCCCUCUUCUACGUCGUCGUGGGACGCCUUUAAACAUUUCUUCAGCCUCCUCGGAACCUUCCCCCUUUUCUUUUUCUCUUCUCUUCUCUCCGCGAUCCGAGACCCACGGGAUCCGAGAGCAUGGCGGGUGACAGUGUUCCGGUACUUUUGGUCACGGCGAACGUGGGCAGCGUUUUCGAGGAGCCUAGCGUGAUGUUGAAAAUUUGGACGGAGGAAUUUUUAUCUACUAUACUGAGGCUGGAUCCAAAGUUUAUUGCACUGCACUGCCAAGAAGUGGGUGGGAAAAAUUAUGAGAAAAGCAUGAGACACGUAGAGGACUUUGUCAGGUUGCUUAUGUCGUCCGAAGAAUUAAGACUGUUUGACAAGAUCAGAGUAUUCUUAGAUGAGGAUUAUUCCUCUGCAGAGCAUUUCACGGCACUUGGAAAUUUUUACUUUGUGCACGAAUCCUUGAAGGAUGUUUUACUAUGGGACUUCCAAGAAUGCACUUUUGUACCGGUAAGUGGGAAGGAAGUUCACUCGGGUAACAUAGAAGCAGUCACGACCAAAGAGAAAGCAAAGUUCCCGCAGGAGUUCUUUCCGGAAUGCAAAUGGUCCAGAAAAGGAUUUCUGAGAACGCGAUGGAACAUUAGUGGAACGGUUUUUGAUCUCAUAAAUAUACACUUGUUUCACGAUGCCAGUAAUUUUAUCGCUAUGGAAACGUUUCCAUCCGUAUACAGUAAAACCCGUAGAAGAGCGCUGGAGCAUACGUUAGAUAGGUUUCAUAACGACAAGUAUCCAAAUGUACCAUACUUUUUAUUCGGGGACUUUAAUUUUAGAACGGACACAGCCGGUGUGAUAAAGAAACUCACGGAAGAUACUCAAGAAAGAAGACUAUCGACUAAGGGAAACAUUUCGAAGCUGCAGUUUCACAAUAAAGACGAUGAUCUCAUUUUAACGUUAGGAAAGAAGGAGUUUUCCCACUGUGAACAUCAGAACAUGUUCAUGCAGAACAGCGGCGAAUGGCUACGUGAAUAUGACAGAGAGCUGGAAGACUUUGACGGAAGAUUAUUUGAAUUUCCAAUUAAAUUUGUGCCCAGUUACCCGUUUGAGGAAGAUAUCAAUGAGGGCUCGCAUUAUAUGCAAACACGGGUUCCGGCAUGGUGCGACAGAGUUUUACUGAGCAUGACAGCGAAAAUGUUGGUCCAUGAUAUGUCGUCACCGGACUCAGUGGAAUACGGAAUAGUAGGUCCGAUAACGUGCAUGGGUGACCAUAAGCCAGUCUACUUGAGGGCUGAUCUCGCCUUGGAUGAAGACACGAUGAACGAUGGGUCCAAAUCGGGUGUGAUGUCCGGCUUGACCAGUCGCGAGAUGCUCAACAAUAACAACAACAACCACAACAGCAACGGCAGUGGAGGCAGUAACAACAACAAUAACGCCGCGUCCACGAUCACAAGAUACAUUCACAUCAAGCACGCGGACUCGUCGGUGAAGAUAUUUCGGGAAACGACGGUUUGAUAUUGCCGAGACCUAGCCCGGUUAGAUUCGAACCACCUACUGGGACGGUUGCACGGUGAACAAUAUCGUCGCGGCUCCUUCGAUAAUCGAAGGGACCGUUAUCGAUUCGAUCCUAUCGAUUCGGCUUCGCCGGUUGUGCGCGCGGUGGAUCUUUCGAUUCAUUCUGCGUAAUUGCGCGCAAAUCAAAAUCAACGCCGAUAAAGGUAGAGCUGUUUGUGAUCAACGCGCGUUUAAUUUAUACGAUCGAGGGUACCUGUCGAUGAAAAGUGCCCUCGACGAAAAGUGUUUUUGUGCGGGUACACGAGAACCGCCCCUCUCCCACGUCAGCCAUGUUUACACGUGAUUCGAUAGGCCGUCGAUAGAUCGUUGACUGAAGAUUAAUGUGAACAGAUUCAUGGAAUUUCGUACCUGUUGCUAUCAAAAUGUAGCUACUCAUAACCCUUUCAGUACGAGUUUACCAACGGCAUCCCAUUUGGACCCUCAUCGGCUCUGUUCGAUGUUAAAUACUAAUUAACCUGUCAACCGAAUUACUUUAAAAAUCCUCAUUUUUAGCACAACUGCAAACUAAUUAAAGGUUAACGAACGAACGAAAGUAUAGUUAGACGACAUGCAAAUAGACCAAUCGUACGAUGCACUUUUUUGUUCGAAUUUUCGUGCGACGAUUGUUGUAUUCCCAUGUCUAAUGUCCGAGGAAAGAUUUAUUGAUAACAAUUGCAAUUCGACGAAAUGAUCAAUGAACUCUGAUCACGUUACUCUUGAAUGUUGCAGUAGAAAGGUUGUAAAUGUUUUCAUAGAACGUUCGAUAUAUGUUAUCGAGAUGAAAUGAUUAACGACGAGAGAUAACUGGAAAGAUUAUUUAUACCGUACUCCGUCGGUACAAUCGCGUAGGCGAUCGUUGCGAUCUUAUUUUUUAAGUGUUCGGUGUUCCUAUGCUGUAUUUCUUUCGAAGAGUUUUUCAGUGAAACACGAAACAGAGAUUCUACGAUAGACGACGCUUCCAUUAAAGAUCGUUCGAUGUGAUAUUACCGUGGCACACCUCACUUUGUUGGUCUUUGUUGUUGAAACUGGGAGAAGAUAAUUGCGCUAUGCGUGCUGCCAGAACCGAUCCAUGCAACUUUUUGCAACGACUCGAUAUUUCGAAUAUUUCACGCAUCCUUCCGCUUCCGUGAGAAACGAACGGUGUUUCUCUUUCGAACCUUAGUCAACUCGACGAGACGGUUGGCAGCCUUCAACGCAAUUUACUCCGAAACGCUCGAUCCACGAUAGUAUCUUAAUCCGAUCCAAGUGGACUCAAAAUUCGCUGGUACAUUCCAUUAGUAACCACUGGUGAGUGAACUCGAGACCGAUCAAACUACAGUAUAAUUCUAGCAAGUAACCAGACACUCUAGAAAUUAGAUCAAAGUCUAGAUCAGGUACGAGCACCUUGGCUCCGCCCAGAAGCCACGCCCAUUUGGCUCGUCUACGUUGCUCCCAGGGGCAAAGAGCAUUCAUUCGGUGCUCGGACCUGGCCAAGAUCACGUAGAGAGUGCAUAGAAAUUUGCACACGACAUAUCUGUAUUUCUUCUCGACGUCCCAAAAUGAAUGUUCGUUAAGUUCUUCGCGGACGUUCGCCGCUGUUACUUAAGGGCUUCUGUAAUCUAUUCGAAUAAGACUCGCUGGACCAUUAUUUGCUCGCAAUUUAUGCUUCCAAUCGUCCGGUCGAGUCACAAAUAAAUCCUGGAUUUCUCCUUUGAAAUGAUUUUAGCGAUUUCUCGAUAUAUCCAUGGUGGAAUUUAUUUACGACUCGACGGCGCACUCGCACCGUUUUACGGUGCGACAAGACGACGUUAUUUUUUAAGAACGCUUACUAUUAUUCGAAUGAAUUCGGAAAAACUCGGCACGUUCACCUACGAUUGCUACGAGAUGCGAACGUAACUGUCCGUCACAAUUUUGAAAGUUCAUUCGAGAAUUCUGAGAAUGACGCCUUCGCUGAUUCUCGUGCUAAAUUAAGUAAAAAGCCUUGCCGCUCAUUUCGCGACAUACACACGACUCGUCCCGAUCCGUUUACUAUCUCGAGAUUAUAUUCUUUGCCAAUUCACGUGUAUGUCGACGAUAAUUAUGAGUCAUUCCUUGAAAGCUAGCCGUAGGAUUGUUAGAGUUAAAGCGUAUACUUCGACAAUUAGAAGUAUGAUUGGAUGCAGUACCUGAUUAGUUCGAGGGGGCCGCGAGCUACGCCACGAUUGAUUUUAUUUUGCAGAACUUUUCCUAGACGUUUGCCCUCGUUAGCGUCCCGCGAUUUCGGGCAAAACGAGACGUUAAUUCGAGGAAAUUAUCGAUUGUUUCACAAUCUUGCAAUGUGCAGAGAUAUCGCGAUAGAAUCCGAGCUAUACGCUUUAUCUGUGACCUAAUAACUUAACUCGAUGUACGAUAUUGAUAUAUUCGUAGGAUUAAGGAUCUAAUGCUCCCAACAGACUGGUUACCAAUAUCUUCCGCGCGGGCAAGUUUUUCGACAAAGUUUCUUCUCGGCGGGAUCGUCGUUCGAUUGUUACAGAAUUUCAAAUCUAUAAGUUUCGACGAUCCCGCUUUGUAUCGAUUGACAAAUCAGUUUUCACUGUCUGGGUCUGGAUAGUAGGGGCCACGUAUCGUCACGAAUUGCCAUGAAUACCCACAAAUUGCUACACGGGCCACCCUCCUGACCCCAGCGAAAACGGAAGCGACGAAGCCGCGCCCACUUUAUAACGAUUUGCUAAUAUUAUUGACCCCCGAGAGCAAUCCCGGGCGUUAUCUGAAGCAGGCAAAGGAUUCAAAUCGUUAACACAUAGUUAAAUUUGUAUGUUUCAUUUCACCGAAAUUGGGAUAUCGCUAUCGAAAGCCUUGCUUGCUCCGAUGUUUUAAAUGAAACAUUAUUUCUACCGUCUUCCGAUGACGGCUGAACGUUGUACUUUUAUAAAUAUGGAUGUACUUAUAUUUUGUACAGGCUGUACCUUACACGACCAGGAUCUGUUGACAAGAUGAGAUUAUAUGUAUAUGUAUAGUGUCGGUGUUGUGAGAAUAAACGUUUUAUGGUAGGAUUGUUACUUUUGUCCACGGGAAGAAUUGAAGGGUGUCUCCGUUAAGUUUCUCCGGCCGGAUUUAAGCUAAAUUGUGAUUCACUUAUUUCAUGUAACAGCAUAUAUAAGACAAAAUAAAGUUAAUGUUCUAUCGCAGA